GGAAUUCGUACAGCAUGUCUGUGCUGUCCUAUACACGUUCGACUGGGUCCCAGGAAACAUCCAGCUCUGGAGCCAUUUCCAGGGCUAGGACAUUACCUCAGCAAACAGUGCCAACCUCUGGGGUUCCCUCUACCAACUUUACAGUGGAAACAAAGUCUCCACUUUCAGAUGAUGAUGAGUUUCAGCUGAGGAAAAACCCAUUUAAAAUCCCUUCGGAUACUGAUAUCUUCUUACUGAGAGACAAGGAAAGAGAACGGGCUAAGGCGGAACGUGAGCGAAAGAAGACCCUGAAAGUCCAUGAGAAGAUGACCUAUUCCACUAUGAUGAAUGCCAAGCAGUCAGGGUUCAAGAAGGAGCUCCAGAAGGAGGAGGAAGCAGAGGACAGAGAACUGGCAGCAGAAGCACAGCGACUGAAAGCUCUCCAAGAAAGUAUCUCUUGGAAGAUAGCAGUCACCAAAGACCAGCAAGUGGAAAAAGAGACGCUCCAUGAAUACAUAGACAAGAAGCGACAGAUGUUUCUGCUGCAGUACGCUGUGGCAAUAAAGAGAGAUGAAAUUCAGAAGCUGGAAAGCUUAGCAGCAGAAGAGGAAGCAAAACUGGAAAAGGCUGAACAGUACCUGGAGAAGGACGCCGCAAUGUUUGACGAGUUCCUGAAGGAGAACGAUAAAAACUCUGCUCAGGCGCUGAAAACUGCUGAAAAAGAAACCAAAGCAAAGAUAGAGAAAAUAAUCGAGAUCCGGGAGCUUACUGGACAAAUGAUGAGCAUUCAAAGUGAGAUAUCCAAGUUUGAAGACACUUUGAAGGAGUACAAGAAGUACAAGAACUUCCUCUACCAGCUUUCUCCAAAAGAGUGGCGGGAAGAGUAUGAAAAAAAGCAGAUGAAGACCAAGGCGAUGAAAAUGUCCUCUGAAGUGAAAGAAGAAAAAAUCUCCAUUUCUCCCAUCACGCCCAAGGGCCAGGAUCCAACACCCCGAACCAGACGUGGCAAGUUGCCUUAUCUUGGCUAUACGGGACGUCAGAGUGUUGAUUUCUCUUCAGGAGGACCUGAUCAGAGGUCCCCAAGCCAAAUCAUGCAGAGAAGGGAAUCCCUCAGGACAAGCAAAAGCCCCUCAAAGCAAAACUUGAAAUCCCAGCAGACAAGACGACAGAGCAUUGCCGCCCUAGCAAUGGAGGAGAAGGCGAGUACAACCUUCUCUGACAAUGAGGACGAGGAUGAGGACCCAGAGUUAUAUUUUACUGAUCCCCAGCAACUGCUGCAAAUUUUUACUGAGCUGGAAGAACAGAACCUGUCCCUAAUCCAGAAUUCCCAGGAGACCGAGGAAACCUUGGAUGAGCUCCAGCAUGCUCUCACCACUACGCGAAGUAAAAUGGACCGUGAGAUAAAGCAGCUGAAGCAGCUUGCAGCCACACUCAAAGCCUCCAUAAUCAAAGAAGAGGAGACAGCCGCAGACCUGGAAUUGAAGGCACGAGUCUUUUCCUUCGGAGAGUAUAAAGCAGAUGUGCAGGACAAAAUGUUGGUGAGCCUGAACAAAAAGGUGACGGAGGUCUAUCGACGUUGCAUUGGAGAAAAUGAGGCCAACUUGGGAACCCUGCAGCUGCUAACAGUCAUAGAACACCAACUCGACGACUUAUUGGAGUGUCUGGAGAGAGUCCCUCAAACAAAGAUAGAACAGGCAGAGAAAGCCAAAGAAAAAGAACGGAGGAUGAGGAUGAGGGACGAAAAAGUAAGACAACAGAGGCAGUUGCAGGAGGAGAGGGUGCAACGGGCACUGGCAAGAGCACAAGCGGAUAUAAAGAAAAAGACUGGCAGAAAGCUGAUGUUCCGCUCUGAGCCCGUGCCUAUCAAAGAGAAAGAAGAUGAGGAUCAAGGACUGAUUGAUCAAGAGAAGGAAGAAGCUCUCUAUUACUUUACUUAAGACCCCAAAUAAGGCUGCAAAUUAAGGACAGCACCAAUGAGAUGCAAAGACAUUGUACCAACCUGACCAGGGAAUGUUUUGGUUUGGGGUUCUUAGAAUUAUGUACAAUUUUUGCAA